AUGACGAAUAUCGGUGAUUUCCCUUUUGAUCACGAGAUUUGCAGCCUUUAUUUCAUGGUUUAUUCGUACAAUUAUUGGGAUGUCUCGAUGAGUCUCUCGAUUCCCGAAAAAAAGAUUUAUUUAAUAGCGGGAAAUGGUGAAUGGUCUAUUUCGCGGAUUACUUCACAAAUCGACUUCUACAACACCACAUCCUACGCGUAUGCCUUUGAUUCGGGUGCUUUCAACAUUUUUAUGCGUCGCGAGCCACAUUUCUAUAUUUAUGUGAUUGUCUUCCCGUGUUUCAUUCUUUCUUUUUUAUCGGUUAUUGGAAUGUUUUGCUCAAGGAAUCGGAAAGAAGAUCAAUUGAUUAAGCUCUCAAUCGGUUUGACAAGUCUAAUGUCGAUAGCCGUUCUUUUGCAAAUCGUUACUGAUUCGAUUCCGAAAAGUAAAACGUUUCCAUUGCUUGGCGUUUACGCGAUUGUUUGCGUGUUCAUUAUCGCUUGCGGAUGCGCUGUUUUGAUCACAAUCCCGCGAUCAAUCGACGAGCCGAUUCUGAAAAAAUACGAACAACACAGCUCCACUAUCCUCCAUCAUCUCCAUCGUCUCUCCAAGCCACACAUCAUUUGGCAUCUCUUUUUCCAGGCGGCAAAUCUUAUAAAUUUGAUUAUAUUCUUCUCGUAUUGG